AUGCAGGACCAAAUCGAGGUGCCCGUCCCGUCGACGGAGAAGGUCACCGAAGAGAUGCGCACUCCGACUCUUAUCUCUCCGCCAGAGUCGAAGACGCCGCCGACAACUCAUAAGCGCCACCAGGCCGAGUUUGUGCGCAAUGGAAACGAUCGAGGAUCGGAACCGGUGGAUGCGACUGCCUUGUCUCGCGCUCUCGAGCAGUUCGAGCAAGCAGGUCGAGUUCGUGAGCGCACGCCGAAUGCGAGCCCGAGCAGGAAGCGGCCGCGCAUCUAUGGCGACAGAUUCAUCCCAAACCGCUCAGGGCAAGAUCUUCAGGCCAGCUUCUCCCUGCUUCACGAGGAUGGCUCUCCAGCGACUCCGUCGCGAUCUGCCAGGCGAACGCCGCACAAUGAACUCCACUUCCAGCGAAGUAAGAUGCCAGCAUUGAAUCCAAAGGCCACAGGAGAAGAUGCUAACGAUUCAGCAGCUGAGGAAGCCAACCGAACGUACUCGGCUGUGCUCCGCCAGGAGAUGUUCGAGUCUACCAUCCCGCAGGCGAUGCCACAGAACCUUUCACCAACGGAGAGCGCUUCUUUGCGCCAUUCUGGCCGAUCGCACACCCCACCUGCGCGAACGACGUCUACCCUUCCAGCUCCGGCGUUGACCCCAUCAACCCCGCACAAGAAUCUCUUCUCGUAUCAGUCUUCGCGACAUAGCUACUCCGGUCAGCCAACGCCAUCGCGCACACCACAGAGCCGACACGGUAUCAAUCUCAAUGCGCGCUCCGAGAUUUAUAGCUUGUCUCCAGUCAAGUACAGCAGUCAGCGUAUGCUACUGAGUCCCCAGAAGACGCCGAGGGCUGUGGCCAAAGUGCCAUACAAGGUCUUGGAUGCACCGGAUCUAGCUGAUGACUUCUAUCUCAACCUGGUUGAUUGGGGCAGCCAGAACACCCUUGGAGUGGGACUUGGAUCUUGCGUGUACAUGUGGAAUUCGAGCACUGGACGUGUGACGAAGCUGUGCGAACUGAACGAUGACACAGUCACGAGUGUCAACUGGAUCCAGCGGGGCUCGCACAUUGCGAUCGGCACUAAUAGAGGCUACGUGCAGAUUUGGGAUGCCCACUCCCAGCGUCGUCUCCGCACCAUGAUGGGUCACACAGCUCGUGUCGGUGCCCUUGCAUGGAAUGAGCACAUCCUCACUUCAGGCUCCCGAGAUCGGACGAUCUAUCACCGUGAUGUGCGAUCACCUGACCAGUGGCUCCGGAAGCUCGUUGGUCAUAAACAGGAAGUUUGCGGUCUCAAAUGGAACACUAACGAUGGCCAACUUGCUAGUGGAGGCAACGACAACAAGUUGAUGGUCUGGGAGAACCUGAACGCUGAGCCCACCUUCAAGUGGAGCGAGCACCAAGCGGCCGUCAAAGCUAUUGCAUGGAGCCCUCACCAGCGAGGGCUUCUCGCUAGUGGCGGGGGUACUGCAGACCGAACGAUCAAGUUUUGGAAUACCCUAAUCUCCGAUAGUGGACCUUCCGCUGCUGCUUUGGCUGCUGCUGCGUCUGCGUCUGCUGCAUCAGUUCCUGGAUUGGGCAGUGCCCCAAGUUCUCCGACUGCCCCAGCAAACUUGCUGAACAGCUUAGACACCGGCAGUCAAGUCUGCAAUCUCGCCUGGUCCCGCAACAGCAACGAAAUUGUGUCCACCCACGGUUACAGCCAAAACCAAAUCAUCGUGUGGAAGUAUCCGAGCAUGCAGCAGGUAGUCUCCUUGACCGGCCACACCUACCGUGUUUUGUAUCUUGCCAUGAGCCCGGACGGCCAAGUCAUCGUCACUGGAGCAGGUGACGAGACCCUCCGAUUCUGGAACGCUUUCAAGAAGAAGGAACGAAGCGGUGGCCUCAGUAACAUGGACAACUGGGGAGUGAUCCGAUAA